AUGAUCUUCACCAUUGGUCGAUCAGGAUCAUUGUUGGGUAGAAUCAAAGCAUACAGCUGUCUCUGGCUGAACGUAAUUGCCCUUAGGCAUUCAUUGCUUCAGACGGGAACGACGGAUCCGCAAAGGCGGACUGAAAUGCUGCAUCUGUCCCACGUCCUCCACACUGAUCAGAAUAUGAAUCAUAGUCUCAGAAAGUAUCCGAAUAAUUAUUGCGAGGAUGGAGAUUCUGGAAAACCGAACCGGCCACCAGAAUCCGAUUGGAGAAAACAAUGGAGAACUGCCCGAGGGGCGCGUUUUUAA